GCCGCUCACGGCGUCUACAGCCUCUUGCUCUCUCCCGCCAUCCCGACGCCCGACUGUCCGCGGGCCAUAAUCUCCGCGCACUCUUCGUUCAUCACCAUGUCCGAGCAAGCCUCUUCUUCCACUUCUGUGGCUCCCAGCAAAUCUGCGACUCCGGCUGCCGACGAUGUCGACAUCGAGAAGCUCCUAAAUCGCGAAGCGACGGCGUUCCAGCGUGAGAUAGAGGUCGAGCGUAUUCUCAAAGCAUUCAAGCUCAACCCUUACGAGAUACUCGACAUAGACGAAUCCGCCAAAGCUGAAGAGAUCAAGAAGAAGUACAGGCAGCUCUCGCUCUUCAUCCAUCCUGACAAGACCCCCCAUGCUCGUGCUCCAGAUGCCUUCGAUCUCCUCAAGAAGGCGGAGUCCGAGCUAUCCGACGAGGCAAAGCGCGAAGAGCUUGAUGCUGUCAUCAAACAGGCUCGCGUGGUGCUGCUCAAGGGUAUGAACCUCCCGACAACACUAGAGGACAGCGACGCUCGGCUCAAGAGCAUAACGCCGUCGUGGAAGCAGCAGCUGCGCGCCAAGUCGAAGGAAGUACUCAUUGAGGAAGAGGUGCGCAGACGAAAGGCAGUCAAGAUGAACCUAGCAAAUGAGGGUCUCGAAGCCCGCAAGAAGGAGGAAGAGGUCAUGGCAAAGAAGCGGAAAGCUGAAGAUGAAGCCACAUGGGAAGCUGGAAGAGAACAGAGAGUUGGUAGCUGGAGAUCCUUCACGAGCUCUAAGGGCAAGAAAAAGAAGCAGAAGGUCGCUAUCCUUGGCUGAGCCAAGGUAACUGUGUAGCACGCAUAGGUAUGCUCUCGUUAAUCUACCAUUAAUGUGCUACUUCAGGAACGAGUCAGAGUAGAAUUUGUAUGAUCUUGAGCAUUACAUCGUCAAUACCACAGGAAAUUAUAAUGUGCUUCUCUCGUAGCCAGGAGAGGUCAAUCCGACAGCUCGAUAAUAUCAUCAUCAUUGAUCACCACCUGCGAAGACCGUUGAAAUGCCGUCCGCCGCCUCACAUGCCUUGUCGGCGCUAGCACAUUCUCUUUCUCGCCCUCAUCGUCGUCAAUUUCGAUGAUUUCAGUGUCCUGCACAGCCCGGCCCGACGUAGCAAUACGACUGCCUGACGACGUAGCGAUACGGCUGCUUGACGAGGGAGCUGCGGCUGACGAUGCCGUCACGGACGAGCCGCGUCGGCCUUGUUCCUUCUCGACCUUGUCCAGCGCCGCGAGCAUCUCUCCUUCGUCGACACCCAGGUCGAAGUCGUACUCUGAACUGUCGUCUCCGCCGGCCAAGGUCACCUUCCAGUCGGUAUCCUUGUUCGCCUUUGACGCUGGGUGAGAGGAUUUAGCUACGGACUCGUGCUCUUCGUCACUCUCGGGCAGGAAUAAGGCGGGUUGUCGAUGUGGUGACAACUGCAGCUCGCUUGCGAGCUCUUUUGCCUUGUCUUUGGCAGCGCCUGAGCCCGAAGCGAAGUACCGAGAUACGACUGGUCUGUCCUUCCGAGCCGGACUCGGACUGCGUGCGGGCACCUUGCGCCGGCGAGGCUGCUCUUCGUCGUCGGCGUGGGAGUUGGAAGGCCCGGCCACUGGUAACUUAGGCUCUCCAAUUUGCUGCAGAGGCGCGCGGCCCCCCGAGGCCGACGGCCGAGCCGCACGUGUGCUAGAGUUGUUGUCCGAGGCAUGCGCCAGUGGUGCUGGGACGGGCUGUGCGAUAGGCAGAGAAUUGGCGGCGGGCGCUGGGUCUGCGAGAGGUGCUAGGGCGCGGACAACCGUGCUCUCAGGUUUGCUAACGAGGCGCGGCGU